CCAAGCGCACGGCGCCGAAAGAGGGACGCGAUCGAGCAGUGUUCGUGCGUCUCAGAGUUUCGACCGGAGAAAGUGAAGCUGAUCCCAGGAGCGAUGCAGCCGGCGGCACCGUGGACUCUGCGGCUCCUGCUGGCAGGCGUGAUGGCACAAGGCUGUUUUUCAUCCAAAGCAGAGGAUCGACUGUUUAGGAAGCUGUUUAGAAGAUACAACCAGUUCAUCAGACCCGUGGAGAAUGUGUCCAACCCGGUCACCGUGGAGUUUGAGGUCUCCAUCUCACAGCUGGUCAAAGUUGAUGAGGUGAAUCAGAUCAUGGAGACAAAUCUGUGGCUCAGACACAUUUGGAACGACUACAAACUGCGAUGGAAUCCGGCAGAAUUUGAGGGAAUCGAGUUCAUCAGAGUUCCAUCAAACAAGAUCUGGAGACCUGACAUUGUACUCUACAACAACGCUGUAGGUGAUUUCCUGGUGGAGGAUAAGACCAAAGCUCUGCUGAAGUUUGAUGGGACCAUCACCUGGGUUCCUCCAGCCAUUUUCAAAUCCUCCUGUCCCAUGGACAUCACAUACUUCCCCUUUGACUACCAGAACUGCUCCAUGAAGUUUGGCUCCUGGACUUACGACAAAGCCAAGAUUGACCUGGUACUCAUUGGGUCAAAGGUGAACCUGAAAGACUUCUGGGAAAGCGGUGAGUGGGAAAUCAUUGACGCUCCCGGAUACAAACACGAUAUCAAAUACAACUGCUGUGAGGAGAUCUAUCCCGACAUCACCUACUCCUUCUACAUUCGGCGCCUGCCGCUCUUCUACACCAUCAACCUCAUCAUCCCUUGCCUCCUCAUCUCUUUCCUCACGGUGCUGGUUUUCUAUCUCCCAUCUGACUGUGGAGAGAAGGUCACGCUCUGUAUCUCUGUCCUGCUCUCCCUCACUGUCUUUCUCUUGGUUAUCACUGAGACCAUCCCCUCCACUUCGCUGGUCAUUCCGCUCAUUGGCGAGUACCUGCUCUUCACAAUGAUCUUUGUCACGCUCAGCAUUGUCAUCACUGUCUUUGUGCUGAAUGUGCACUACCGCACGCCCAUGACCCACACCAUGCCGGGCUGGGUGCGUUCGGUGUUUCUCAAGGUGUUGCCACGGAUUAUGCUGAUGCGGAGACCGAUUGAUGAAGAGGGCAAGGCUGAGGGUUUGGAAUUCAGUGGGGAGGCAGGAGGAGCUGGAGGGGGAGGAGGAGGCGGAGGAGGAAAAGGUGGGAAGAGGAGGAGUAGCUUACUGCAGCAGGUUGGAGGAAGCUCAGUCAACUGUCUGGAGUUUGGCGACUGCAAACUUCUGUCCCUGGAAGGUUGCAGUGGGAGAAAAAGCCCCUGUUCCUGCCAGCACAGUACAGAGACGCCAGAAGUACCAGACUCAGGGAAGAUGUCGCGUCCGCUGAGCUCCCAGAGUAUCAACACAGUGGUGGCUUUUUCUGUGCUUUCACCUGAGGUCAAACAGGCCAUCGAGAGUGUCAAGUACAUCGCAGAGAACAUGAAGAGCCGCAACAAGGCCAAAGAGGUGGAGGAUGAUUGGAAGUACGUUGCCAUGGUGAUUGAUAGAAUCUUCCUUUGGGUGUUUGUGACCGUGUGCAUCCUGGGAACGAUGGGUCUCUUCCUACAGCCUCUUUUUGGCUUCCUCUCAUAACCACGAACCACAUGACUGGAAUCUGAGGUUUAAACCAGACGUUGGUGAACUUUUGCACAUCCUGAGAAUUCCUCACCAAUCAGAACACAACAGAAGCUGCUUCACUCUCCCGUCUGAGUGGGCUGAUAACUGACACGCCCACUCAGCGUCUCAUUCAUUGAGCGACUUCCUGUCAAAAUCAAUUGCAGUCACAUUUCCAAUUAGAAGACAGUUUUCUGGAGCACUUUGCAGUGGGCUUUGCAAGAAAUAAGGGCAGGCUGUUCUUCUUUUCAAUACCAAAUUCCAUGUGUUUCUAACCAUUCUUUUGAUUAAUGUAUCUGAAGGUAAUUGGUUAGUGGGUAAAUAUUGGAUUAAAUCGUACGUCACUGGUUGCUCCUGAAA